UCAUAUGUCCCCAAUCCCCAUAGUGAACCUUUUAUCAACAAAUGUCUGCCAUAGUUACCAACAACAUGGUGCUUGAGAGAGACCAAAACAUACCCGUGGUUGACUUAAGCGAUCCGGAUCAAGAGCUAGUAGCGCGAGCAGUGGUGAAGGCGAGCGAAGAGUGGGGGGUCUUUCAGGUGGUCAAUCAUGGGAUACCCACGGAGGUGAUACAACGUUUGAAGAAUGUUGGUAGGCAAUUCUUUGAACUAUCCGAAGAAGAGAAGAAAGCCGUAGCGAAGCCAGCUGUUGACUCCCGUGAAGGAUACAAGAGGAGGUACGAAUUGAAUCUAGAGACCAAAACAGGUACGGUUGAUCAACUCUUUCACAAUAUCUGGCCACCCAUGUCCGUGAACUACAAAUUUUGGCCUAAGAAUCCUCUAGAUUACAGGGAAGCAAACGAGGAAUACACAGGACAUGUGAAGCUGCUAUCUGAGAAGAUCAUGGAGUGGUUAUCAAAAGGAUUAGGAUUAAGGGGUGAGGCUAUUAAGGAAGUUACUGGCAGUGAGUAUAUGAUUAUUGUCAACUACUAUCACCCUUGUCCACUUGCCGAUUUGAUCGAGGGACUGGAUGCACACACCGAUAUUAGUGGAAUCACACUCAUCGUACCCAAUGAGAUUCCCGGACUUCAAGUGUUCAAGGACGAUCACUGGUUCGACCUCGAGAGUAUUGCAUCUGCGGUUAUAGUCAUCAUCGGCGAUCAGAUCCUAAGGCUGAGCAAUGGAAGGUACAAGAGCGUGUUGCAUAAAACGAUAGUGGAUAAGGAGAGAACAAGAAUGUCUUGGCCAGUUCUUGUGAUGCCUACGAGCGAUAUGGUCGUAGGACCUUUCCCGGAGAUUACCGGCCACAACGAUCCUCCCAAGUUUAAGCCUAUCUCAUACAAGGACUACAUAUACCGCAAGCUCCGCCACUUAUCCUUCGCUGAUCACGACUCAUAAUGAUCAUCAAAAAUCCUGGAGCAAUCCUCAUCAAUUGCUUCUUCGUUGAACUGACGACUGGCUUUUAUUUUCUUUCGGUCUGCUACUUGUCUUUUGCUAUAAUGGUGUUUUAUGGAUUUUAAUGAGUAUCCGGGCAUAGAACGUUUUGUUUCUCAACUUGUACGGUUUUUUCAUAAAUAAAAAAAAAGACUACGUAUCUACA